UUGCUCAACACUUGACUCUCGACUGGCAAAACCACUGAUUUAUUGUCCGUCGCUUAUGUCGAGUUUCUCUUACAUCGAGUAAUUCCUCAACAUAUACAAUAUACACUCCCAAGAUGUCUCUACCUCAGGUCGUCCGUCUUACAGUGACAUCAUCUGCAGCACUUUCUAGAUUUGUCAACCCGCGGUCCACGCAACGAUGUAUCUGUUCGCACCGGUUUUUCUCCUCGUAUGCCGGAAAAUAUCAUUCUUCGAGACGUGACAUGCAGACUGCGACUGCCUACAGACCUCACACCCUUCCAGAGGUGCCCCCUCCUCCCCGAAACGCCCGAAUUCCAGACACAUCCAUUGCGACGGACGCUUCACACAAUGCGCAAAACAAUUCUUACAAUGCAUUUCAAUCCGCAGAUCGGAAGCCCUCAACUAGCGUGAGGGAAGGCGAAGCUCAAAAGACAACUCCAGCACCGUCAUCCGAAUCCGCUACGAAGCCUCGUCGCUCAAGACUUCGUCCCAGAAAAGCGGCAAUGACCCUUACGCCAACCGCGGUCUCGCAGCUUCGAUCUAUGCUGUCUCAGCCCGAUCCAAAGAUGAUUCGUGUAGGAGUGAAGAAUCGGGGUUGUUCCGGGUUGGCUUAUAAUCUUGAAUAUGUCGACAAACCUGGAAAGUUUGACGAAGUAGUCGAACAAGAUGGGGUCAAGGUGCUUAUUGACAGCAAGGCUCUGUUUAGUAUCAUAGGCAGUGAGAUGGACUGGCAUGAGGACAAACUCAGUCAGCGAUUUGUAUUCCGCAACCCGAACAUAAAGGAACAAUGCGGCUGUGGAGAAUCCUUUAUGGUGUGAUUUGAUUAUUCGAGUUUAAUUUCAACUUUAUUCUUGCAUUGGGCGGCGUUUGAUUCGAAAUCAGUGUGAUAUGUUCUCACUUGAAUGGCUAUACGGAUCGCUUAGUUCCAUGUUGCAGCGCCACUUGCAUAAUAUACCUAGGAUGAUAUGGCAUUUUUUUAAUUGCCUUGCAUCUAGUUUGCACAUACUGCGUUCAUAAACACCUACCUAGGUAGAGGCGGUACCAAUUAUAUAUCCUUUACAGGCAGGCUUAGAUGUAUUUAGGACUGUCAAUAUGAAUUAUUUCUUCU